ACCUCUCUCUCCGUGCUUCACUCUUAUCAUAUCUCUCACUAUCGCUACUCACUCAUCAUCACUCCCGUCCGCAACCAAUGAAAUCGUUGUAAACGCAACCCCCGGAUAGCAUCACACACUCUCCUCCUGGCCAUCCUCAUGGCACGACGUUAUCAUAUCGAUGAGCUGCUAUGGCUGCGCGGAUCGCCUCUGGUCGUUCGACCUCCUACACUGCCGCCAGUAGACGAAUGGAUGGGCCCCAUCCCCGACCCAACUACACAACGGAAAACCUCAAAUUCACGAGAAUCCACCAAUCCCAAUGAGACUACACCUAGACGGCCGAGCCUCUUCGAUACCCGUCACAUGUCCCGGAACUCGAACUCAGAGGAUAUCAUUCUCGGACCUCCUAAGACCGCCUUCGCUUCUGCCUCUCGCAUCGCUGGUAAGGGAUCCAUAGAUUCCACGGAUAGGUCAUCCAGGCCGCACGAUGCCGAGGACCUGAAAACCGAUCGGUUUGCCUUUCGAGACAAGUUCUUCAAGGAACGGGAUCCCAACGACAGGGAUUUUGAUCGACGCGAUGGGAAGAUGGGUGCGUUCAAUGCUCGGCGCGGGGACAAGGAAGACUGGAUUAAUGGACGUCCUCGUCGCACGUUUGGCCCGGAGGAACAGGACCGCAAGCCCAGACGUAAUGGAGAGUUCGACCGAUGGGAUACUCGCGACCAACGUGAGCCGACUCAUGAUCGGACUGUGAGAGACAGCAAGGAUACUCGGUUCACCCUUCGCAAGGACGGUACACCGGGGCGCGCUAGGCAUGAAGGAAGCUGGUUCCGAGAGGACAACGCUCCCCACGAAACACCCGAAGCGGAGGAGGACAAGACCCCGAUCCGUAACCGAGAAUGGCGUCGGGAUCGACACGGUGCUGAUCGCGAUUGGACCCGUGGUGCCAAACUUGAACAGGAGCCUGAGUGGCUGGAUACCAACGACAAGGAUGAGUAUCGGAGGGUGCAUACACAGGAGGACUUUGAGCGUUGGAAGGAGCGAAUGAAAGCUGGAUCUCAGCCUCAUGCAACGGACAACCACGAGGUUCCUGCCGAGAUUGAAGUUGCACCCCCUCAGCAGCAGCCAGAUACUCGACCUACCGAUGGGGAGAUCUUCAGCAGUAAUGGCACCCCCUUCCAGCAAGACUCAGCCAUGGAGCGUUUCUUUGGAUUGCUGAGCGAAUCCAAGCCUGCGCCUGCGCCUGCGCCUGCGCCGGAGGUCAGCGCCCCGCCGGUGCAAGUGGAGGCAACUCCAAAGAAGGAGGCUCAAGCUGCUAAAGCCAUGAAGUCUUCUCGAUUUGCUGGACUUUUUAGUCCUCCGCCCGGAAGUCCUGCGAGAGAUCCAGAACCUCAACAUGAUACCAGAUCUCCAGCUCUGACGCCUGCCGGUUCCACCGAUGCCGACCAAGAAGGAUUUCAACGUAUUCUGCUUAUGCUUGGAGGCGGAAAAUCGCGUAACGGGACACCACAUAAUGAUACUAUGCCUGCUAAUCGGCCUCCCUCCUUGGUGCAGGCGGAACAGGUUCAGAGCGCUGUUUCUUCUCCUUCUCGAGAACAUAUCAAGCGACAGGAGUAUCUAGCUAUGCUGGAGACGCCGUCUCGAGCCGCUGGCCCUCCAUUCAAGGAAAACCCAUACCCCCCGGAAACACAGGCUCGUGACAGAGAGCACCUUCUACGACUGAUGCAGCAAGUUCGCGUCACUCCUGUAAAUGGCCCUGCUCCGGGUGGCCAUAAUCAGCCACAGAGUGCCGGUCCUGUGCCCGGUAUGAUGAACAUGCCGGAUGUACUGUCUCCUCCUCCAGGUAUCCCUCCUGUUCAAAAGGGUCCCAACUUUCUGGAUGAUCCGGCGAUUGCGAAUAUCCAGAGAGCUGACGCUGAACACCUUCGGAGACGGCCCGUGAAUGGGCCCCCGAUGGGAUACUUUGACGACAUUCCUUUCCCUCCUGGUGGCCAAGUCCCCAUCACGCCCGGUGGAACCAGGGCUCCUCACGGUCAAGGACAUCCUCCCAUGGGUAUGCAAAGACCGCCCGGCUUCGAGCAUAUGCCGCCUCCUGGGUGGGCGGGCCCUCAAAUGCCCCCGCAGCCUGCUGGUGGACCGGCGCCUUUGGCCCCUCCCCCAGGUAUCCCAACUCCUACACGUGGUGUAAACCCAACCUACAUGGCAAACAUGAUGCCAAUGCACGGAAAUGCUCCUCCUCUCAACGAGCGUGAGCCUUUCCCGCGCGCCAAUGGCGGUGGUUCGGCCGGCUUCCCUCCGCCUCCUGGGAUGAUGCCUCCCCCUGGUUACAUGAACGGCCCCCCGCCCUCAUUUCCGCCUAUGCCACAUAACGGCGAUGUUAUGAUGGGACUCGGACCUCGCGGACAGCCUCCUUUCGAGGGCGUUCCCCCACCACAAGGUCCUCCACCUUCAUCUCGACACCUGUUGGAUAUGUUCGGUCAAGUUGGCGGUGAUGUCCGCGGUGGCAUGAUUGGACCUGGACAGUUCAGAUAAGCGUAACAGGGCAGCGAGGGUGCCCAAAUGCUCGUCCUAGUUCCAGGUAAUGGAGGAUAUCUCGAACACAUAUUCGUCCAUAUCUUGCAGGCGCCCGUCAAUUCCCCCUUGUUAUGCUAUCUUGAUACAUGGGCAUUGCCUGUAUCUGUUUCUUACCUAUUUAUUU